AUGGAUCAAGAUCUCAAACAGGUUCUGGAUAGAGAUAUAGACCUCUAUGAUCUUCUGGGUGUACCAGAAGAUAGUCAGGAUAGCGAUAUACGGAGGGGCUAUCGCCAGCAAGCAUUAAUAUAUCACCCGGAUAAGAAUGAUACCCCACAGGCAAACGUCAGAUUUCAACAAAUUUCCACCGCAUUAAAGAUUUUGGGAACUCCAGAACUCAGGAAUAGUUAUGAUAGCUAUAAACGAUUAAAAAGACAAAGAAAUGAGAAAAGAUCACAACUAAAUGAAAGAGAUAAACGGUUUGAGAAUGAACUUGUAAAGGCUGAAGAAGAGUUACUUAGGAAUCUGAAGUCACAGCAGUCCAAUGCUUACAAAGAGGCUAUAUUACGAGAAGAGAACUUAAAACUAAGGAGACGGAGGGAAAGCAAGUACCUAAAUUUACCCAAUGUGACCCAUCAGGUGGAAUCUCCUGUAGUUGUCAAAUUGAAGUGGAAGAACUUGAUACAAGGAAUAUUCACAGAGGAUGAGAUUCGGGACAUAAUGAGUCGUUUUGGCAGAAUAAGUAAAAUCUGGUUUCCUGAAAAUAAUGAUAGUGAUACGUAUCACUACUGUUUUAUUCAGUUUGAAGACUACAUUGGGGGAGUCUUAGCUACAUUAUGUGACUAUUCAAAAUUGAACCCUGAAAACGACCCAGUUGGAAAAUCUGGCUCUCUCAUCAAACUAUUAAGAAGCUGCCGCUUCGUUGAGUCUUCCAUAAAUCUCAAGUGGGAUCGAAGAGAAAUGUCACAGGCUGAGUAUAUUGGCAGAACAUUGUUGAACCUACAAUCGAACUAG